CGUUAACUUAGAAAUGAGUCGUUAUAUCAUCCAAACACACCCUCACCUUCUACACAGUUUAGAUAAUACUGGAUGGAAUGCUGCUCUACACGCCGUUAGAGGAGGAAACGUUAAAAUUCUACAACUACUGGCAGAUAAUGAAGUAGACGUCAGACAUAAAGCCAAUAACGGCUGGAACAUUCUUCACGUGGCAUGUAUUAUCUACGCUAACUUAGAAAUGAGUCGUUAUAUCAUCCAAACAUACCCCGACCUUCUACACAGUGUAGAUAAUGAUGGAUGGAAUGCUGCUCUACAAUCUGCUAGAGGAGGGAACGUUAAACUUCUACAACUACUGGCAGAUAAUGAAGUAGACGUCAAACAUAAAACCAAUAACGGCUGGAGCAUUCUUCACGCGGCAUGUGUCCACGCUAACUUAGAAAUGAGUCGUUAUAUCAUCCAAACAUACCCUGACCUUCUACACAGUGUAGAUAAUGAUGGAUGGAAUGCUGCUCUACACGCCGCUAAAGGGGGGAACAUUAAAAUUCUACAACUACUGGCAGAUAAUGAAGUAGACGUCAAACAUAAAAACAAUAAAGGGAAGAACAUUCUUCACAUGGCAUGUGUCAAGGCUAACUUAGAAAUGAGUCGUUAUAUCAUCCAAACAUACCCUGCCCUUCUACACAGUGUAGAUAAUGAUGGAUGGAAUGCUGCUCUACACGCCGCUAUAGGAGGAAACGUUAAAAUUCUACAACUACUGGCAGAUAAUGAAGUAGACGUCAAACAUAAAGCCAAUAACGGCUGGAACAUUCUUCACGCGGCAUGUAGGAACGGUGAAUUAGAAAUGAGUCGUUAUAUCAUCCAAACACACCCUGACCUUCUACACAGUGUAGAUAAUGAUGGAUGGAAUGCUGCUCUACACGCCUCUAGAGGAGGAAACGUUAAAAUUCUACAACUACUGGCAGAUAAUGAAGUAGACGUCAAACAUAAAAACAAUGACGGCUGGAACAUUCUUCACGUGGCAUGUGUCAACGCUAACUUAGAAAUGAGUCGUUAUAUCAUCCAAACAUACCCCGACCUUCUACACAGUGUAGAUAAUGAUGGAUGGAAUGCUGCUCUACAUGCUGCUAGAGGAGGAAACGUUAAAAUUCUACAACUACUGGCAGAUAAUGAAGUAGACGUCAAACAUAAAGACAAUAACGGUUGGAACAUUCUUCACGCGGCAUGUAGGAACGGUGAAUUAGAAAUGAGUCGUUAUAUCAUCCAAACAUACCCUGACCUUCUACACAGUGUAGAUAAUGAUGGAUGGAAUGCUGCUCUAUUCGCCGCUGGAGGAGGAAACGUUAACAUUCUACAACUACUGGCAGAUAAUGAAGUAGACGUCAAACAUAAAGACAAUAACGGCUGGAACAUUCUUCACGCGGCAUGUAGGAACGGUGAAUUAGAAAUGAGUCGUUAUAUCAUCCAAACAUACCCUGACCUUCUACACAGUGUAGAUAAUGAUGGAUGGAAUGCUGCUCUAUUCGCCGCUGGAGGAGGAAACGUUAACAUUCUACAACUACUGGCAGAUAAUGAAGUAGACGUCAAACAUCAAGCCAAUAACGGCUGGAACAUUCUUCACGCGGCAUGUAGGAACGGUGAAUUAGAAAUGAGUCGUUAUAUCAUCCAAACAUACCCUGACCUUCUACACAGUGUAGAUAAUGAUGGAUGGAAUGCUGCUCUAUACGCCGCUAUAGGAGGAAACGUUAAAAUUCUACAACUACUGGCAGAUAAUGAAGUAGACGUCAAACAUAAAAACAAUAAAGGGAAGAACAUUCUUCACAUGGCAUGUGUCAAGGCUAACUUAGAAAUGAGUCGUUAUAUCAUCCAAACAUACCCUGCCCUUCUACACAGUGUAGAUAAUGAUGGAUGGAAUGCUGCUCUACACGCCGCUAUAGGAGGAAACGUUAAAAUUCUACAACUACUGGCAGAUAAUGAAGUAGACGUCAAACAUAAAGCCAAUAACGGCUGGAACAUUCUUCACGCGGCAUGUAGGAACGGUGAAUUAGAAAUGAGUCGUUAUAUCAUCCAAACACACCCUGACCUUCUACACAGUGUAGAUAAUGAUGGAUGGAAUGCUGCUCUACACGCCUCUAGAGGAGGAAACGUUAAAAUUCUACAACUACUGGCAGAUAAUGAAGUAGACGUCAAACAUAAAAACAAUGACGGCUGGAACAUUCUUCACGUGGCAUGUGUCAACGCUAACUUAGAAAUGAGUCGUUAUAUCAUCCAAACAUACCCCGACCUUCUACACAGUGUAGAUAAUGAUGGAUGGAAUGCUGCUCUACAUGCUGCUAGAGGAGGAAACGUUAAAAUUCUACAACUACUGGCAGAUAAUGAAGUAGACGUCAAACAUAAAGACAAUAACGGUUGGAACAUUCUUCACGCGGCAUGUAGGAACGGUGAAUUAGAAAUGAGUCGUUAUAUCAUCCAAACAUACCCUGACCUUCUACACAGUGUAGAUAAUGAUGGAUGGAAUGCUGCUCUACACGCCGCUAUAGGAGGAAACGUUAACAUUCUACAACUACUGGCAGAUAAUGAAGUAGACGUCAAACAUAAAGACAAUAACGGCUGGAACAUUCUUCACGCGGCAUGUAGGAACGGUGAAUUAGAAAUGAGUCGUUAUAUCAUCCAAACAUACCCUGCCCUUCUACACAGUGUAGAUAAUGAUGGAUGGAAUGCUGCUCUAUUCGCCGCUGGAGGAGGAAACGUUAACAUUCUACAACUACUGGCAGAUAAUGAAGUAGACGUCAAACAUCAAGCCAAUAACGGCUGGAACAUUCUUCACGCGGCAUGUAGGAACGGUGAAUUAGAAAUGAGUCGUUAUAUCAUCCAAACAUAUCCUGCCCUUCUACACAGUGUAGAUAAUGAUGGAUGGAAUGCUGCAUUCUACGCCGCUAGAAGAGGACACGUUAAGAUUCGACAAUUACUGACCGAGCAUGGAGUGAAAACUUAAAGAAAGCUAGAAUGACUUGUUUUCUGUUUUAUUUGGAUUUAGAGUGCAUACUGCGUAAAACCCCUGUUUGUAGAAAAGUAAUAACUAUUCAAUAAUGAGGUUAACCUCUCUUUUAUAGAGGAACGUAAACGUUUGCUUACAAGGUAUAACGUAUUAUGGAAGUACACGAGAAUUAGCGCUACACAUCAAAUUAAUUCGCACCACGUGGCUUUUUCGAUUUAAUAAACAUUUGGGUUCAGUUCUUUCGUUCAAUUUCUUAAUUAUAUGAAAUUGCUUAUAGUCGAAUAAACAUAUCAGAGUGCUUCAAUGUC